AUGCCGGUCGACAAGUCGUCCUCGGCGAAGAAACGAUUGAACCAGGUGAAUUCGCACCUGACACCCCCAAAGCUGCCCGCGGACUAUUCCGACGUGCUGGGCCAGAUCCACACUCUCCGCACGAUAGCAGCUACCCCGGACCCCACUCGAAGGGGGUAUGUCCGUCAAAAACAAGCCGGUAAACUCUGGGUUCGCGAACGUCUAGAUGCACUUCUCGACCGCGACAGCUUCCAGGAAAUCGGUUCGGUGUCCGGCACGGUGCUAUGGGAGAAGACGGGGCCGAUGCGCGAGAAGCCCGCGUCGUUCACCCCCAGCAACAAUGUCCAGGGCAUAGGAAAACUGCGUGGUCGCCGGGUUCUGCUGACCGCCGAUGACUUUUCUCUUCGCAGUGGGCAUGCAGAUGGCGCGACCGCGGGCAAGACCAUUUAUCUGGAGAAACUCUCCCUGGCCCUGAAGUUGCCCGUCGUCAAGCUGGUGGACGGUAGCUCCGGUGGUGGCAGCGUGACGACGAUUCGUACGGCAGGCUGGAGUUAUUUGCCGUACGUGAGCAUGUAUAAGUACGUCGUGGAUCAGUUAAACCAGGGGAUCCCCAAUCUGGGUGCAGUGGUUGGACCAGCCAUUGGCCUCGGCGCCGCACGCGUUGUAUCGUGCCAUUUUUCGGUCAUGGCCGCCGACGUCGGGGCGCUUUUCAAUGCUGGACCGGAAGUGGUGAAGGAAGCAACGUUCGAGGAAGGCCUGGAUUUCCAAACCCUGGGCGGUCCCUCGAUUCAUUGCACGAAUGGCACCAUCGACAACCUUGCCGCUAACGAAGCCGAGUGCUACGAACAGAUUCGCACGGUGCUCAGAUUUCUGCCCAACAGCGGCCGAGAAGCACCCCCGGUGAUUGCUAGCGACGACCCGGAAGAUCGCGAAGACGAGGCGCUUCGGCGCAUUGUCCCCCGUCGAGCCACCAGGAUGUACAACCCGCGCGUGAUCAUCACGAGCGUGGUGGAUAAGGACUCUUGGUUUGAAAUCGGUCCGCUCUGGGGUCGGACUGCUAUCGGGGGACUGGCCAGGCUGGCAGGACGAUCGAUCGGGGUGAUCUCUCUAAAUUGCGAGGUCAACGGGGGAGCAUUAGAUGCUGCCGGGAGUCAGAAACUGACGCGGCUGUUGAAAUUGUGCGAUGUGAUGAACUUGCCGAUUCUACAGUUUAUUGACGUCCCUGGGUAUGCCAUAGGCACUGCAGCCGAACGCGCCGCAACGAUGCGCUGGGGAGUUGAACUGGGCAAGGCGUACUUUAGCACUACCACGCCCCUGUUCAACGUGAUCACUCGACGGGCGUACGGCGUGGCAGGAGGACUCAUGUUAGGCGCGCGCGAUCCGGUUAUGCAAGUGGCCUGGCCAUCCGGACAGUGGGGAUCUCUGCCACUGGAAGGAGGCAUCGAAGUCGCGCACCGACAUGAGCUGCGAGAAGCAGAAAAGACAUGUCAGAAGGCAGCGCGGUAUGGGGAGCUGGAGGAGGAAUAUCGACGGCUCAUGAAUCCCGUGCGCACGGCCAACGCGUUCGGAGUGGAAGAGAUCAUUGACCCGAAGGACACUCGGCGAGUGUGCUGCUCGUGGGCUCGCCAAGUAUAUCAAAGUAUGAUUCCGGAGAGACUGGAGAAUCGGGCUGCAGGGAAGAUCCAUCCGAUCUUCGCCUGA